UUGAAAUGCUUCUUACGAAGCCACUCCUUCGUUGCCCGGGCAGUGUGUUUGGGAUCAUUGUCAUGCUGAAAGACCCAGCCACGUUUCAUCUUCAAACUACACAAGAACUCACUACUAUAAUGGUUCAGAUGACAAAAAUUGCUAAACUCAUGUUUACAUCUCAAUAAAAUAAAACACAGUCUGCAUGUUCCUCAAAAACCAAUUACUGAUGGAAAAAGCUCCUGGUGGUAUCUGAUUUUAAGUGCCAAGGCAUCAUACUUGAUUCCAACCUUUCUUUUAAAAAGCAAAUAAAAAAGGAACUCAAAUAACCAAAUUCAACCUAGCUAAUUUCCCAAAACAUAUGAAAUUGUUUUGACUAUUGCGGUAACAACACUAUAAUUAGAAUCUAUGAUACUCCCCCACUUAACAUACUAGUUUACAAGUUUGGCCCAAGCUUGCUUUUCAACAUUCAUACCCAUUCAGUCUUCUGCCAACAGGCUCCCAUACUACUCAACCAGCAAUCAACUUUAAUGACCUGACAUUGUUCCACAUAAAGGAAAACAUACUAUAAUGUUAGACUACAUGAACUUUCCUGCUCAAAUUAACUGGUGUUACUUAAACAAUCAAACCAAGAAUCAAUAACCAUCAGAAUCCAUUCUCACAAUGUUUUACAAUUUAAUAUUUCAGAUCUCCCUCUCUCUCUUACAGCCAAAUAAAACCCGAUCAACAUCUCGCAAUCAAAAUUGUACUGUCAGAAGUACAGAAAAAAAAAAAGAUUGUUUUGACCGUUGUUCAGGUACAAUUAGAGUAAGAUUAUUGUAUAUUCAAACUAAUAACGCAAAUUUACGUUAUUCUACAACAAUCUACCUGCCUCCAGCAACUUACCCUGACAAUUAGUAGCCAACAUAGCAACUAACUCUUUCAUACUUUCAGCUCAACUUAUCCUAUUCCUUUUUUCCCAUUGGGCAAAAAUAUAUAACCCCUCUCAUUUCAACAUUUUUCCUUACCUCUAUGUAAGAUUUAAAACCCAACUUUAUAACUUCCUCUUCUCUUUGCUCUUCACACUUAUGAAAUGUAUCCUAUUUCUUUAAAAAUAAACACACGCAGUGCCAAAAUUAUAACAUGCGUCAGUCAAUCUAUAAGAAUGAAAAUCAUUUCGGUAAUCACUUUCUAUCGCCAUCAUCUCUCUGCUAUUAUUCAGAAUUUCUUUAAUUUAGGUAACUGUCUUCUCUAUUGAUACAGUAAUUUAAAUACGACUCAAUUCUCAAUACAUUAUUCCAGCAGAUAAUUUAGUGAACAGACAUCGUCUUGCAUCAGAAUUUGCUUCGUUAUUAUUUUAAGUUGAAUUAGUCUAUCAAUUUAACCUAAACAAUCUAUUGUAAACGUUCAAUUUAUCCCUUCUAUCAAUUUGAACCAAACAAGCUAUUAAAACGUUCAGUUUAUAUCUUAUACAAACAUUAGCGACCAUAACUUUCCAGGCAAAACAUACAAAUCGAUUAUUUACAAUCAAAAACUCAGAAUUCAGUUAGAGCAUUGACUGGGAACGGAACCCCGGCCUCCUGCGUGGCAGGCGAGAAUUCUACCAUUGAACCACCAUUGCUAUUCGAAAAGCUAAGAUUCUCCGCAAAUAAACCCACUUUACAAGUACAAUCAAGACACGUCACUAUCGGCAAUUCCCAGAAAAAUAACAGCCAAAAUUUAAUAGUACAAACGUUACUCCAGCUAUGAUUCUCAAAUUCCAAAUGAAUAAAUUAGCAAUCAAAGAAUAAAGUCGACAGUUAAUGACUAGGAAACAGAUAUUGCACCUUUUAAUAAAAGUAGAUUGUUUACUUAUGCAACGUAUUUCAAUUACUUUACUACAUCACAUUAAUCACGCAAUGAUAAUUAGUUUGAUGGAAAACCUUAGGCUUUGUACGACAUAAAUUACAUCGAGAUCCCCUCUUAAUUCUCUAACUUUAUUCAGUUUAUUCAAUAAAUCCCGCAACUUCUCUCAUACUGGGAAGAAAAAAUAUAACAUGUUCAGACCUUGAGGGCAGUUUAAUUUCAAAUGUUUCACCCAGACGGAGAUAAUCCAAUAUCUGUUUUAUAGUUACAUCGUUAGGGUAAGAUGGACACACUCUAAUCAGUUUCUAGAGCUCAAUUUCCCAGAUUUUGUACGAAUGGGUGGUUUAAAUUGUAUCUAAUUAUUCUCGUCAUUACUUUAUCAAAUCUCUAGUAAUUGAUUAUACACACAUACAAUUUAUCAUAAUUUCAAAUAAUUCACAGAAUCCAUAUAAAACUUAAGACAUCUUAGGUACUCACACAGAACUUUAAGGAUCACCCACACAGGAUUGGUCAGAUGUUCACACGUCCACACAGAACAUAAAAAGGUUCCCCACACAGAGUCAACCUACCCCGCUCACACAGAACGGUCCAACAACUAUUACCUAGUGAACGGUCCGACAACUAUUACCUAGUGAUUCCAUAACAAAAUACUCACACAGAGUAACCCAGGGCAUACCUGGCUAGCACAUUUAAAAUUGGAAUUGGAAUUCACCACCUCUGAGGGUCACUUAAGACAAUCACACAGACGCACAGAAUGAGGUCCUUCUUCCAAUAGGGCUUCACGAAGUGCCGUGUUUCAUCUAGAAUACAGUCCCCUGGCCCUCACCCCACAGACCGCACCAAUCCCCACUGUGAUCAAUUCAGUGUCAGGACGGCUCUUGGUCACUCGCAACCGAACAGUGGCAGAGUAUCUUUUGAGUCCACAAACCCUCAGAUUACUCUCCCCUGACUCUGCCCUGCUUACGCCGCCAAGGUGCCUUCCUUACAAAGGAAUUCACGCUCAGAGUAUACGUAACAGGCAUAUAAAAAAAAAUAUUUAAAAUAUAUUUUAAAAAAAAAAUUUGACUUCAAAUCUGUGUGUGGUUCGCUAACCUUUUUCUUAAAAAAAAAAAGCUCAGUUCGAGAUGUGGUAUCCACUCGGCUCGCUUCCUCUCAGAUCAAAGGUUGGUCCAUCUGCUUCGUUCCCGAAGUGUGGUUUCCCUAAGAUCCCAAGUUUGGGGGAUCCCUCGUUCACGAUUUAUUUACCUAGAUUGUCAGGAACGGUCACAGAGUGAAGAUUCACAUCCCCUCCUCGUCGCCAAAUAUCGUGGAAUGUCCUGUAUUUACCAAAUCAUGAGAGCAAACCACACACAAGUCAGAGUUAUCAUAAAGUCCAUCUUUAAUUAUAUGAGCUCCAUCACAACCCUGUGACUCUCAGAUCAAUUCAGUGUCUAUAAAUGAAUUCUCUGAGAGUCCUUACACAUUGCAACUGAGAUCCUUUAUAGCAAAGACACAUAGCCAGACAGCAUUGGCUAUAAAUUAUCGUUCAGCUUUGUCUCCUAAACUAUGUUCUUAUCUCGCUCUCAGGACCAUAAAACAAAACCUAUCAACGGGCAUAUAUCAAAUACACCCCUCCUUGACAAGAUCACAGAGACACAGUGACUGGCACACAGACAUUGUGGAGCCAAGAGAUAAUUGGUUUAAAAGAUAUGUUUACAUAUGAAGACAAUCUUGACCCCUCCCCUCUCUGCGGCCCAAGUAACUGACCCCAUGUCAGAGAACAGAUAACUGCAACCGGCCAACAGUAUUAUCCAAAAAUAGACAUUCUGAUGAGAAGUAACUCACAAUCAUAUCAUGAAAAUAAAACAUCUUAUCUAUGUUACCCAACUAAUUCUGAUUAUUCCCCAACACCGGUGAAAAACUUCCCCACAGCAUGAUGCUGCCACCACCAUGCUUCACCGUAGAGAUGGUGCCAGGUUUCCUCCAGACGUGACACUUGGCAUUCAGGCCAGAGUUCAAUCUUCAUUUCAUCACACCAGAGAAUGUUGUUUUUCAUGGUCUGAGAGUCUUUAGGUGCCUUUUGGCAAACUUCAAGUGGGCUGUUAUGUGCCUUUUACUGAGGAGUGGCUUCCGUCUGGCCACUCUAAAAAUAAAGGCUUCAUUUGGUGGAGUGCUUCAGAGAUGAUUGUCCUUCUGGAAAUGUCUCCCAUCUCCACACAGGAACUCUGGAGCUCUGUCAGAAUGACCAUCGGGUUCUUGGUCACCUCCCCGACCAAGGCCCUUCUCCUCUUUUUGCUCAGUUUUGCUGGUCUGCACGUUCUAGGGAGAGUCUUGGUGGUUCCAAACUUCUUCCGUUUAAGAAUGAUGGUCUCCACUGUGUCCUUGGGGACCUUCAAUGCUGCAGACAUUUUUUGGUAGUCUUCCCCAGAUCGGUGCCUCAACACAAUCCUGUCUCGGAGCUCUAUGGACAAUUCCUUCAACCUCAUUGCUCUGAUAUGCACUGACAACUGUGGGACCUUAUAUAGACAGAUGUGUGUAAUAAAUUUGCAAACAUUUCUAAAAACCUGUUUUCGCUUUGACAUUAUGGGGUAUUGUUUGUAGAUUGAGGAAUUUUUAUUUUAUCCAUUUUAGAAUAAGGCUAUACAUUUACAUUUAAGUCAUUUAGCAGACGCUCUUAUCCAGCUAUAAUGUAGAAAAAGUCAAGGGACCUGAAUACUUUCCGAAUGCACUGUAUACUGAACAAAAAUAUAAAGUAAAUAUAAAGUAGUGUUGGUCCCAUGUUUCAUGAUCUUGUUAAAUUAAAAAAAUGAAUGAGAUGAAAAAAAAGAUCCCAGAAAUGUUCCAUAAGCACAAAAAGCUUAUUUCUUUCAAAUUCUGUGUACACAUUUGUUUACAUCCCUGUUAGUGAGCAUUUCUCCUUUGCCAAGAUAAUCAAUCUACCUGACAGGUGUGGCAUAUCAAGAAACUGAUUAAACAGCAUGAUCACUACACAGGUGCACCUUGUGCUGGGGAUAAUAAAAGGCCACUUUAAAAUGUGCAGUUUUGUCACACCACAGUUGAGGGAGCGUGCAAUUGGCAUGCUGAUUCUAGGAAUGUCCACCAGAGCUGUUGCCAUGGCAUUGAAUGUUACUUUCUUUACCAUAAGCCACCCUCCCAGGCCCACUCAUGGCUGCUCCCCUGCCCAGUGACAUGAAAUCCAUAGAUUAGGGACCAAUUCAUUGAUUUAAAUUGACAAAUUUCCUUAUAUGAACUUUAACUCGGGAAAAUAGUUAAAUGUUGCAUUUAUAUUUUUGUUCAAUAUACAGUGCUUCGUCCUUAAAGUUGCAGCGUACUGCGGCGGAGCUUGCAUGGGGCUGCAGAAUUCUCAGGCACGUUAUUUAAGUGUGAACCACUGGUACCAUCAAUGCUAGUUUGACCACCAGAGGUCAUCUUUGAGAAGCAUUUGAUAGCCUUCGAUAGUGGCUGUACUAGAGAAUUUAACAUUUUUUUGUAAGAACAUAGUAUAUGGGACUGAUUAAGAAAUUUUGCUCAAUUGAUUUGAUUAAUAUAAUGGUGUUUCUAUUCCAAGAAAAACUAAAAACCCUCUGGGUUUCCGUUAGGAUGGAACGGAAAAUAUGGAGCUGUACAAUGUGACGGUUGGGAGUACAGUACUGGGCUAUUUAGCUAAAGAGUCUCCUUGUCGUGAAGGAUACCAGGGGUUCAAUUCUCCGACUGGGAGGAAGGAGUAGGCUCUCCUUGUAAAUAAGAAUUUGUUCUAAACUGACUUAGUUAAAUUAACCUUUUUGGGAUAGGGGGCAGCAUUUUCACUUUUGGAUGAAUAGCGUGCCCAGAGUGAACUGCCUCCUACUCUGUCCCAGAUGCUAAUAUAUGCAUAUUAUUAUUUGUAUUGGAUAGAAAACACUGAAGUUUCUAAAACUGUUUGAAUGAUGUCUGAGUAUAACAGAUCUCAUAUGGCAGGCGAAAACCUACACAUUGAGAUAUGGAUAAAGUUGCACUUCCUAUGGCUUCCACUAGAUGUCAACAGUCUUUAGAUUCUUGAAUGAGGAUUCUACUAUAAAGGAGGGGCACGAGACCUCUUUGAGUCUGUGGUCUGGCAGAGUGCCUUGGUCUCAUGACGCGCGCUCCCGACAGAGUUACCUCUCAUUCCAGUGCUUUUCUGAAGACAAAGGAAUUCUCCGGUUGGAACAUUAUUGAUGUUGUAUGUUAAAAACAUCCUAAAGAUUGAUUCCAACCAUCGUUUGGCUUAUUUCUACGACCUGUAAUGGAACUUUUUGAGUUUGUCUGGACGAAAUGCUUGCGCCUCAUGAAGAUGGAUUACUGGGCUGAACACGCUAACAAGUGGCUAUUUGGACAUACACAAUGGACUUUAUGGAACAAAUCAGUCAUUUAUUGUCGAACUGGGAUUCCUGGGAGUGCCUUCUCAUGAGGAUCAUCAAAGAAAUGGCUGAUGUUGAGCCCGGGAACUGACACAGACCUAAAACAGCUUUGCCGCCCUGGUUCCAGAGGUUCCGGCGCCUUCUUCCUUGGUGGCUUUCCAAUCAAGAUCGGAUCCGGAGGCACCUGCGUCAUUCGUCCUCGAUUCUGUCUCCCUCUUCGGUGGCUUCUACCUCUGGUUCAGAUCCUCGAAGCUCCCAGCCUCACCAGACCGUGAGGCUGCCUGAGAGUCCGACCCAUUCAACAUCACCACCAUCACCACCUUCCACCUAGUAGGAAGACCACUUAGUGCAGGAUGUCUCUGGGGGGCUCUCCUGUGACGGUGGUCCAGCUCCCUGGGGGUCAUUUCCAGGUGCAGGGGGUGAUCCAGUCGUCGGUCAUCCAGUCCCCACAGGUGCAGACUGUUCAGGGCCAGGGCUCAGACAGUGACGACUCUCAGGACUCCUCAGACAGUGGAGCCUCCGCCCAGAAGACCAGAGAGAUACUGGCCAGACGGCCCUCCUACAGAAAGAUCCUCAAUGAGCUGUCUGCUGAAGAGGUGGCGUCACGGAACGAGGGAGAGGAUGACAACCCUGCUUCCUCUGGCAUGACCACAGUGACAGUGCCCAACACCCAGACAAUCUACCAGACCAGCAGCGGCCAGUACAUUACCAUCGCCCCUAACGGCACCAUUCAACUGGCCAACCCGGGGUCAGAGAGCCUCCAGGGCUUACACACUCUCACCAUGACCAACUCAGGCCAACAGCAGGGCACCACCAUCCUACAUUAUGCCCAGACGCCCGACGGACAGCAGCUACUCGUGCCCAGCAACCAGGUGGUCGUACAGAGUGAGUAUGGCUUCAUGACUCACGGUGCAGGAGGAGAGAUGCAGACGUACCAGAUCCGCACGGCGCCCACAGCGCAACAGACUGUGGUCAUGGCUUCCCCUGUAGGAAUGUCUGAGCAGAAGACUGGCGACCCCACCAUGAAGAGAGAGAUCCGACUCGCUAAGAACAGAGAAGCGGCCCGUGAGUGUCGCAGGAAGAAGAAGCAAUACGUCAAGUGUCUGGAGAACCGUGCGGCCGUGCUGGAGAACCAGAACAAGACUCUCAUUGAGGAACUCAAGACGUUAAAGGACCUGUACCAUGUCAAAACAGGAUAACCAGGAGGACAAGAAGAGAAGCCGGCCAGCAAGCAAGACUUUUACCGUCAGCGAGCGGCUUUGUUCUGCCACAUGGACAACGCGAGGUUAACACCGGGAACACCUUUAAUUUCAGACCUGAAAUCAUCCUCCUCAGUUUGUGUUUUAUACUGUUUGUUUUAACAAACACGGGGCCAUGGAAAGUGUUCCAUAUAAAAGACAAUGAAAAGAGUGUGAAAGAGAGGUUGUCUGUUUUUAAUCAGAACUCUUUAUUGAGCUAACAGUUUGGAUAACUAAUGCUUAAAUGUUUAUUCGUGUAUAUUUUGUGAGCACAUGGAAGGUGUGAAUUGUGAGCAUAGUCAUUGACAAUCAAUUUCCAAUUGUCCCCCUUUACCAGAAUCCGCUCCUUUCCUUUGUAGCAGUGGGCUCAAUCUUCUUUUUUUAACAUCAAACAAGUAUCAGCUGAGUUUAUUGUUUGAUGACCUCAUGGUGUGAUUCAUGUGUCUUAUGUGAACCAGCUAUUUUCACCCCACCCCCCUUUUUCCCCCAUGAGGAAAUGUUACAAGUCUCAUUCCUUACCCUUUUAAGUGGUAUUCGAUAAGAUUGUCAUAGUAACAGCUAAUUCAGCCUUACACAAUCUAUCAGGGAGAACACACAAUGUCAGGGUAAUAUUUAUUUUAUAUUUCUGGAGACGGUGGUGGGGGGGGGGUGACCAAAUCAAAUGAAAAGAGGGAAAGCAAUGUCACUCAUUCUGUAAAUGGAAAUAAUAAAUAAAUAAAUAUUUUUCCAAAUCUU